GGCCGGGACGCGGCGGCCGGAGUUAGAGAUGCUGCCCGGCUGAGCGGCGGGACGAGCGGGCCAGCCUGCGCGCGAGGUGCCCCCGGCGGGUCGCCGUCCUCGCCGCUGCGACCAUGGCCAUCGCGCACAUCGCCACCGAGUACGUCUUCUCGGACUUCUUGCUGAAGGAGCCGUCGGAGACCAGGUACAAGGGGCUGCGGCUGGAGCUGGCCCUCGACAAGCUGGUCACCUGCAUCGCCGUCGGGCUGCCGCUCCUCCUCAUCUCGCUCGCCUUCGCGCAGGAGAUCUCCAUCGGUACCCAGAUGAGCUGUUUUUCUCCAAGCGCAUUUUCCUGGCGUCAGGCUGCAUAUGUGGAUUCCUACUGCUGGGCUGCAGUUCAACAAAAGCAGUUGUCCCAGAGCGAAUCUGGGCAUCUUCCACUCUGGCUUCAUAAAUUUUUCCCAUACAUCCUUCUGCUGCUUGCAAUCUUGCUGUACCUGCCAUGGCUCUUUUGGCGUUUCACCGCAGCACCCCAUCUGUCUUCGGAUCUGAAAUUUAUCUUGGAAGAACUUGACAAGGCUUAUAACAGAGCCAUCAAAGCUGCAAACAGUUGUCGUAACUGUGAUGCCAGAGACACAGCCAGCUCCCCGCCUGCCAUUGAAAAUAUUGCACAGAGUUUAUGGGAGAUCUCUGACAGCCACUUUAAGUACCCUAUUGUGGAACAGUAUCUGAAGACCAAGAAGGGCUCCAAGACCUUAAUCAUCAAGUACAUUGUUUGCCGUUUGCUAACACUGAUUAUUAUCCUCUUUGCUUGCCUCUUCCUGGGUUAUUAUAUCAGUCUUUCCUCGAUGACGGAUGAGUUUGUUUGCAAUGUCAAAACUGGGAUACUAAAAAAUGACACAAGUAUUCCAGAACGAUUUCAAUGCAAAAUGGUUGCUGUUGGUAUCUUCCAGCUGCUGAGCUAUAUCAACUUCAUUGUGUAUGUGCUCAUCACACCACUGGUGAUCUACGCCUUCUUCAUUCCAUUCAGGCAGAGCUCAGACAUUCUGCAAGUGUAUGAGCUUCUGCCGACGUUUGACGUCCUCAAAGUCAAAGCAAAGCACUACAAUGAUAUGAGCCUCUACCUGCUCUUUCUUGAGGAAAAUGUGAGCGAGCUGAAAUCUUACAAGUGCCUCAAGGUUCUGGAGAGCCUCAAAGGCAGUGGGGAGAGGUUUGAUGCACUGCAGCUCCUGAGGAACCUUGGCUCAAUUAAAAUGGACGCUGUGGAUGCCAAGCCAAACACCAUCCCCAAGGAGUAUAGAAAAAAGGCUGAAGUGGAAAUGUCUAACGAUGCAGCAGAAUUAAAAGAUCUGGCUGACCCACAAUUGCCUGAUGACUCAGAAGGAACAAGUAAAGAUGGCAAACUUCACCAGAGGCUUCUAGAUACUCCUUGCUGAUGGAUUCAGUUCAUGGUUGACAAGUGCCGAAAGCUGUUCUUAACUGCCCAGGCAUAAAGCCAUAUCUAUUACACCACAUGGCCUUCCCAUUGAGUUUACAAGGACUGGGACGGAAGGGCAAAUAAUCAUUUGAAAAUAUUUGAGCUGUCUGUGUUUACAUGUCUACAGUUUACAUGCAUAUUGUGCCUAGAGGUACAUUGAUGGGAUGAACUAUGUCAAUUCUGUGAGGGGGGAAAGGCUGGAGUUCACAUGCUGACUAUCGAGGGAGUAGUCAAUUUGAAGGAAAAAGCAGUAGCAAAGUAGACUACUUCAUAUCGGUUUCACAAGUGUGCAGAUGUCAUUUGAUCUCUUCUCAGCUCAUUAUUAUCCAGUAUCUUCAGCCAUAACAGAGUAUCCAGAUUGGGUCCCCAAAUAACUGACCCAUUGAACAGCAAUCAGUACAACAGUUGAAAACCUAAUAAUGUCAUUACAAAUACCCAUUGUGUAAAUAAGUCAAAUACCUUAUAUUAUGUUCCUUGGCCUGUACCACUUUGAAUAAAACUACGGAAGCAAACAAGAUUCUCCACAAGCAGCUCCAUGGAUAAAGGUGUCAGUUACACUUCUCAGUUGUGUCAAUCUUCCAUGAGAUUGUACAGUUCAAUCCAUGAGAUGGAGAACGGUGACUAUCUACAGCUGGCUGAACUCCUACUAUCUCGGCUGUUAACCAUGCUGGGAUCAGAAGCUGGGAGUGGUACUUCAACAACCUUUGAAAACCCACAGCUUCCAUGCAACAUGCAAUACAAUAUAUUCUGAUAAUACCACCCUUUACAGAACUAUCUUAAAGUUAGUAGCUUCAGGAUAGUGGAAUGGAAUACAAAAGAAAUGGAAAUGCUCCCUUAUCUCCAGAUAUACUGUAUGCGCCUGCCUGGUUUUUCUAUACUUCACUGCUAUAUUCUUGAAACCAAACUAUUAAACAGCUAGAACUGGCAGGACUAUAUUUGCAGCUUGGACCAAGACAUGUAGAGAGUAGCCUAAUCAAAUGGAGUAAUACCAGCUUUGUACUCUUCUACAGUGUAGGUUGAUUUUUGCAAGAAAACCUACAAAAAGUUGCUCUUUCAAUGGCUUAUGGAGACCAACUUAUGCACCAGCAAAAUGCUGUCUUUAUCUGAAUGAAAUAUGCAGAAGGUAGAAGUCUCCUUGAUUCUUAAUGAAUCCAUGAACAGUUU